AUGUUUUGGUCCCUCGCCCCUAUCGUUCUUCCCCUUCUCUCCCUAACAGGGGCCAAGGGCGUGCUUCUAACAGAAGAAUGUCCGCUUCUGGGGCCGACUUUCUCUUCAGAUUUUGACCUGGACAAAACGGAUGCUUUCACCAAGGCAAAGGACUCCUUCCCCGGAGUGGUUGAAGCUCUAUUCGAAUCUGGAGUCAUUGAUAGCUCCGUGUCCUCUUUCGCCAUUGACGUCUAUUCAACCGUCACCAACAAAUCGGUCUACUCUUAUUUCCACCAGGCUACAGCUCCAGCUCUUAACGAAACUUUCCCUGCCGGUGGGAUAGAUGAUGGGACUGCCAUUCGUGUGGGCAGCGUCUCCAAGCUGUUCACUGUCUACGCCAUCGUGGCUCAUGCGGGCGGCAUGGCAGUUCUUGAUCACCCGGUGACGAGGUAUCUGCCGGAGCUAGCCUGUGAGUCCCCCAAAGAUGCCGACGAUGGUCCCCUGAAACGCAUUGCCUGGGAAGACAUGACGGUUGGGGCACUUGCUAGCCAUAUGGGUGGUACCGGCCAGUUCCCGCCAGAGUUUACAGCUUGUUAUUCACCCAUCCCGGAGAAAAAUGAAUGUUCCAUUCCAAAAUUCCUCGCGCAGAUGCGGGAUGCGAAAGUCCCAAGCCAACCCAUAUUUCAAUCUUCACUUUACUCCGACAGUGGCUUUGGCGUACUAGGACGUGUGCUCGAGCGCAUGACAGGUCUUACAUACAACGACGCGAUUCAGAGCGUUCUUGCCAGGCCAUUGGGGCUCAAAAUUACUGGUUCGAUAUUGCCUCCAGGCAAAAACCCGAACGCGGUUAUCAUUCCAGGAAAGACUCCAGUGCCAGGUGAAGCUCCGGAAACCGCCUGGGGUUACGAUAACCAAAUCAUUGCGCCCUCCGGUGGCAUCUAUUCUAAUCUCGCCGAUCUCCGCGCAACGGGCCUCUCCAUUCUUCAGUCUAAGCUGCUUUCCCCAGUCACUACCCGCCUCUGGAUGAAACCUCGCGCACACCUCUCAUCGCUAACUACUAGCGUCGGUGCACCGUGGGAAAUCAACCGCCUAACAACCUCCAUCUCGCCCAAUUCCAACCGCACGCGCGUCACCGAUAUUUACACCAAAGGCGGCGGUCAGCCCGGGUACACUACCAUAUUCGCCCUAUCCCCCGACCACGGCCUUGGAUUUUCCGUCCUCGUCGCCGGUAAAACAGCCAGCGGUGACCGCUGGCCUCUCCGCGCCGCAGUUGGCGAAACCUUUGUCGUAGCCGCUGAGCAUGCCGCCAUGGAAAAUGCCGCGAAGAAUUUCGCAGGUACCUUCUACGAUGAAGCCGAUGGAGCCUCGAAUGCAACACUGGCAGUUGAGGCAGACCAUACGGGCCUGGAACUCAAGUCCUGGUUUGUAGACGGCGUCGAGUGGCGGGCAAACAUCACACUGCCCGGCUUGGUCUUGCCUGAGGGGGUGGGCCAGACCGUGCGUCUGUACCCUACUGGCCUGGAAUUUCCGUCAGAUGAUGGUUGGACACUCCUCCAGUACCGAGCUGUGCCCCAUCUAACUCCUGCGCAGCCGCGUGCGGCGGUAGAGGGUGGUGAAGGGCUGUUUGAUGACGGUUGCACAUCGUGGUUUAGCACUGCGUUCUUUGACCUGGGGAUCGGGGUGAUGGAUGAGUUUCUGUUGAAGGUGAAAGAGGGGAAGUUGGUAGAAGUGCGGAACCAGGUUUCUGGGAAAGUGAUGAAGUUGGGAAAAUAA